GUUUAAUAACGAAUAUUGAAUUGGUCGAUUGUUUAUUUUAAUCCCACUCGGUUUUGUAGCAUCUGCAUGUUUGACAUUUGGAUUUAAAAACAUAACCAAUUUGUUGAUAAACGUUCGUUGAGAAUGCAAGUUGAUUUUUCUUUUAUUUUUUUCGAUAUUAAAUAAAUUUUAUCGAGUGAUUUUUUCCAAAAAAAAAAAAAGAAUAUGAUAGGAUGAAUCUGUAUCGAGGUAAAAGUUCGCGUGAAGUGUAUUUAGCGUCUUUAUUGUACGACUCCAUAGACGAUAAUAAUUUCAAUGCCGUAAAAUUAUUAUUGUGUGAAAAAGAGGCUGAUCCAAAUCUUAUUUUACCGAUAAAAAAUAUUUCUUCCUUUCAUUUGGCUGUUGGUUGUGAUGACGAAACUUUUUCUCUGAAAGUUACUAAACUGAUUUUACAAAAUGGAGGAAAUCCUAAUGUAUGUUCUGACGAUGGAUUGACCCCGGUUCACAUAGCAGCAGCAUGGGGUAGAGUGGAGAUUCUACGGAUACUAUUAAACUGUGGGGGCGAUGGGGAAUAUAGAGAUUCAAACUUAAUGACACCUAUUCAUUAUGCAAUAAAGGAAAGUUGGCAGGAUUGUGUGGAUCUACUUAGAUCUUAUUUACCAUAUAAUUAUAAUAUACUCAAUAAAGAUCAAGAAAACUGUUGUCAAUAUAGAUUAGAUAAAAUUAUUGUAAAUAAUGGUUACGCUAGAGGGGAAUAUGGAGUUCUUUUGAAAUCAGAGAAUAGAGUUGAUGUAGGUGAGACUAUGGAAGAUUUGGGGCGUUUACCCAAACCGGACACCACCAAAUACGUUCUAAAUUGGUUCGAAACACACAUCGAUAGUAGAGGGGGUGAAACUUUCGUUAAAAAUGUUAGCGAUACGUCAGAGGAAGAGAAAAACAAGCGGUUAUCUUACGACAGCUCUUUAGACGAAUCGGAAAACGACAAAAAAAUUGUCUUUUCAAAAAACUCGAACGGAAAAAAAACGAAAAUCGAUGAGACGAACGUCGCAAUGUCGAGCGGUUUUGAUUCGGCCGAAUCCGAUACUAGAAACUGCUGUAAAGAAAUAUCCGGUGAAAGCGGAAUUUUAUCGUUCACAACCUCGACUGAUCACUUAAUUAACAAUUUCGAUAAUAUAAAUUCCAAAAACGUCCAUUUUAAAAUUUUCCCCAACUUUAAUGAAUCAAUUUCACUUGGCAACGGCGUAAAGUACAUGACGUGCUCCAAAAACCUUGAAUCAAAAGUUUCCCUCAAUUAUAAUAAUUUAAACUCAAUUGGCAACGUUGUGAACGGCAGCAAUGAAAAUUUGCAGUGUUUUAAAAAUGGCGAUACAAAAAUUUCGGCGAAUUAUAAUAAUUUAAAUUCACGUGGCAAUGGUAUAAAUGGUAGUAACGAAUAUCUGACAUGUUCCACAAAUGUCGAUUCGAGAAUUUUCUCGGACGAUAGUAAUUUGAAUCCGCUUGGCAACGGUGUAAAUUCGAGUGUAUUUAAUAAAAAUAUAUUGGCAAUAAGUGGCGAUUCGAAUUUAUUAACUUCCGAUGAUUCGGUUGUUAAUAAAAUGGACGACGAGGAAAGUACGGAAUUGAGUUUCGUGACAGUUUCCGAAUAUUAUAAAUACGAAGAUAAAUCCGAAGGGAUCACUUUGUACGAGAAACGAAUGGUAAAAAUAACCAGCGAUGAAGGCGAAAGUGUGAAAACAUUCUCAACGAAAAUGAGUUCACUACCGGAAACAUUCGAUUACGAUGCCGUAACCUUGAGAAGGGAACUCACAUUAUUAGGAUACGACCCUCCGGGUCCAAUCACCGUGACAACUAAAAGGUUAUAUUUGAAAAAAUUGUACCGGCUACAAAAGGAUGCCGCGAAAAAAACUCCACAGAAAACCGUUAGAAAAUCUCCACAAUUGAUAAUUAAUAGAGUGUAUUCCCCGGAAUUGGAGAAAACUUUGAGGGACCCUACGUGGAAACAAGAUCUCUCAGUUUAUAGGCGAUUAGAGGAAGUGUUGGUGAAGGAGUUCAGUACGCCAUUACCAUCGAGAAAAUGGCGCGAAGGUCACAGUAAAUCGUCUUUCACCUAUUUACUGUUAGAUCCUAGAAAAACGGAUGAUUUACCAUGUAGGGCGCAUACAAUGGAUCCUCAAGAAGUAUGGAAAACCUUCUUAUCGGCCAUAUUCUAUAUAGGAAAAGGUAAAAAAACCCGCCCGUACGCGCAUCUCUACGAAGCGGUGAAUUUAUGGCGACGAGGUGGCGGUAGGAACGUACCCAAGAAGAAACUCCAGACUAUUUUGGAUAUUUGGAAAAGUAACGGAGGCGUAAUCUGCCUUCACGUUUUCCAAAAUAUCAUCCCCGUGGAAGCGUAUACCAGGGAAGCGACGAUGAUAAGCGCCUUGAAAAUGGAAAAUUUGACCAACGAAAAACAGGGGGAAUUCUACGGAAUGGCGUCUACGUGGCAGGGGACGCAGAAGAGGUUACUCGGAACAUAUUUGUUACAUAAGGCUUUGACGGUAUUCUUGACUGAAGGUGAAAGGCAAUUAUACGCUGCCGAUAUAAGUACUGGAUGAUAUUUAAUUAAAAUAAUAUCGAUGUUAAAAUUUGACAUAUUAAGGGAUAUAAGUCACUUUUCAAAGUGCGAAAAUUGAAAAAUUAUCAAUUUUAUUAAAUUAUUCAAUUUUUUCAUAUACUCAAAAAUGAUUUAAUGGAAGUGCAAUUCGUGUGAUUUAUAUUUAUACAAAUUUAUAUAUAAAAUAUUAAAUAUAUGAAUAAAAA